AUGGCCGGAGCAUCGCUACGUCGAUUCAGUCCUGCGCUCCUACGAUGCACCGGCAAUUCCUUGUUUCUUCGCAGGGCCGCCACCGGGCCCAGUACUGGCAGUAGAUCUGCUAGCCAGUACCUAUUCCUCCGUGGGAAUGACCGAGCUACAGUCUCUGCGACUGCUGCUGUUGGUAGAUCUACGACGCAGUGCUCUGUGAGAUGCUGCUGUUCAGGCGCCACUCCGAAACAUCGUCGCUACGCCAUGGCCAUAAAACUUCGUCCCGAGUUCGAAGAGGAAUACAUUCGCUACCACGCCGCUGUGUGGCCCGGUGUGCUGCAAACCAUCCGUGACUGCAACAUCACCAAUUACUCCAUCUUCUUGCGAGAUGGCACACUGUUUGGCUACUUUGAGCACACUGGUCUAGACUUGAAAGAGGACAUGGCCAAGAUGGCCAAAUGUCCCGAGACUCAGAAAUGGUGGGACGUGAUGAAACCGAUGCAGCAGCCAAUGGAUAACCUCAAGGAUGAUGAGGACUGGUGGGCAAUGCUGGAAGAGGUUUUCCACACGGACUAG